AUGGGUAUCGGAACAGUCCACAAGUUCUUAAGCUGGUUCCCGCCGGCGGAUCGCGCGCUGACGACGCCGGAGUUCCGCGCCCCGUGCAGCCUGGCAGCGGGGGACUCCCGCCGGCGGAUCGCGUGCGCGGGCUCGCUGCAGCUGGUUCCCGCCGGCGGAUCGCGCGCCCGGACGACGCCGGAGUUCCGCGCCCCGUGCAGCCCUGGCAGCGGGGGACUCCCGCCGGCGGAUCGCGCCGUCCCGACAUCUGCCGGAAAUUCUGCGCCCCGCGCAGCUCGAUGCCGCCGAAAUUCCGCGCCGCCGCCGGAGAUCCACGCGCCGCGCAGCUUGGCGCCGGCGGAGUCCCGCGCGCCUCGCAGCCCGACGCCGGCGGAGCCCCGCGCGCCUCGCAGCCUGGCGCCGGCGGAGCCCGCGCGCCUCGCAGCACUGGCGCCGGCGGAGUCCCUCGCCCCUCGCCGCCUGGUGCCAGCGGAGUCCCGCACCCCUCGCUGGCUAGAGCCGACGGGCCACCCGGUGGAGCUCACAGGCCCACGCCGGCGGGCUCGCGACCUCCCACCCUUCGCGUCGGCGACCUCUCGCAGACUGGCGCCGCUGGACCUCGAGGAGUGGAGGUGGAAGACCCUGGUGGAGUGGAGGCGGACGAUCUUGCUGUCGAAGACCAACUGCUGA